AUGCGUUUUUUCAAUUUCACUCUUAUGGCCGCUUCGGCCCUUUUUUGGGGAGAUGCUUUUGCUGCCUCGAAACCAUCCUCUAAACCUUCCACUAGCUCUGCUGAUGCAGCAGAGAAACCCAAGGAAAUUAGAAUAUGCUCCGCGACUAUAACGAAUAUGAAAACUGGCGCGGAUCUCGGCCGAGGUUCUGUACCAUACACCCAACCGCAUUAUAUCGCCGGCUUUGAGGUGUGCCAAAUAUGGAACGGAUCCACGGUUAGUUACUGGGUUGGUGGUCCUGUGUUGAUGGACCUUGCACCACGUGGAGACCUGCGUUGUAUUCAAUACACCUGA